UCCUGAGAUUAUCGCGUUCAAACAAACAAAACUCUUCAGCUUUAUAAUAUUAAUUAUUAAUUUUUAAAAUUGAGCAACUGAGUAUAUGCGUGAUUGUCGCAAGCAUUAAUUAAUAAUUUCAUAACAAUAGUGAAAGUUUCGUGUCAUGCGCAAUUUUUGCUAUUUUUGUCGCGCAGGAGUCAGUAAGAAUCAGUAUUUUCAUCUGCAAAUACGGUUUACUUAUUCCGAAUCUACCAGGGUCGUUUCUUUCUAGACAAUAUAUUCUAUUCAUAAAUGAACGUUGCAAAUAUUUUGCAUUGCAAAAUCAAAUUUAUAAGCUGACGGAACCAUAAUGUACAAAGAUACAACUAAGUAUAUUGUAUUUCACCACUACUUUCUAUUUUAACGAAAUAAGUUUCAGAAGUGCUGCAUAUGUUAUUUUUUAUUUAUAACACUUGAUUCGUAAUAUAAAUUCGGAUUUAGGGUAAAAGCCUAGCUUUAUUAACAUGUAAAACCCUGCUCAAAUAAACCCCUAGUAGUACAAGUGGGCUACAUAAACCAGUCACAUACUUCAGCUGAUUGCCGCUGACCCGAUGAGCAACAUCAAUUCACGCUCGGCGAACGUCAAACUUGUAUUAUCGUUCAGUUGUGGUCUAGAAUAAGAACGGUGUGCGUGUGCCACAAUGGCAAAAGUGAAUCCGGAUUUACAACGGGAACGGAAUAAAUGCACAUUCAAUGUUGCAGAAUUGACAACUUUCAUUGACGGCGGGACAGAUAAAACUGCUGAGCGGAAGGAGAGAGAAGACGUCUUAACCAGUAGAAACACAGAACUGUCCCCCGUACCUGAGGAAUAUUUGAGUCACAAAGAAAAAUACGAGAAUGCAGUCAGAAAUUCCGUCGUACUAUUUGGGCUAGUACGAAAAAUGCAGGAAGAGGGGAAAACUUCGGUAACAAACUACAGGGAUGUUGUAUCAGGAUUACUGGGAUCUUCCACAACCCGCGAUGGGUCUCCUCUAGGUUUACAUUAUAUUAUGUUCAUGCCGGCCAUUCUCAAUCAAGGCAAUGAGGAGCAGCAAGCUCAGUGGCUGCCGAGAGCGUGGAAUUGUAGUAUUGUCGGGAGCUAUGCUCAAACCGAGUUGGGACAUGGCACAUUCAUCCGGGGAUUGGAGACCACAGCGACCUAUGAUCCAAAUACCCAAGAAUUCGUGUUGAACACUCCCACCCUUACUUCUUACAAAUGGUGGCCUGGAGGGUUGGGACAUACAGCCAAUUACUGCAUAGUCGUAGCACAACUAUAUACCAAAGGCCAAUGUCACGGGAUACAUUCGUUCAUCGUUCAGUUGAGAGACGAAGAAACACACCAGCCUUUGCCUGGAAUAAAAAUCGGAGACAUCGGAGCUAAACUAGGAUUAAACGCAGUUAAUAAUGGCUUCCUAGGUUUAGAUAAUGUCAGGAUACCUAGGAAUCAAAUGCUCAUGAAGCACGUGCAAGUUUUGGAAGAUGGAACAUACGUGAAAUCGAAGAAUAGUAAAUUGAAUUAUGGAGCAAUGGUUUUCGUUAGAGUUGUUAUAGUGUUUGAUAUGGUCAACUAUUUGUCAAAGGCUGCUACUAUUGCUGUGAGAUAUUCAGCUGUUAGACGGCAGUGUCAGUUGAAAGAAGGGCAGCCCGAAUGCCAGAUCAUGGACUACGUGACACAACAACACAAGUUAUUCAUCUCAAUAGCUGCGUGUCACGCUCUCAGGAUCACGGGAAAUAAAUUAUGGGAAACGUUCUAUGCAGUCACUGAAGAACUUGGCGGCGGGAACUUGGAUAGAUUGCCUGAACUGCACGCACUAGCGUGUUGCCUCAAAGCCGUUAGUACAGCAGACACAGCCGCGUACGUAGAGCGCUGCCGGCUCGCUUGCGGCGGCCACGGCUACAUGCACUCCUCGAACCUGCCGCUCACGUACGGGCUGGUGACCGCCGCCUGCACGUACGAAGGCGAGAACACCGUGUUGCUGCUGCAGACCGCGCGGUUCUUAGUGAAAACUUGGCAAGGUGUAGAUAGCGUGAAACUAACGCCAACCGUAGAAUAUUUGAAGACCACACGAGCGAGAGGGUUUUAUGAAAAAUGGGAGAAUUCAGUGGAGUGCAUCAUCAAGGGUUUCCAAAUUGUUGCUAUGCGGAAAAUAUCUUCUAGCGUAGAGAACAUGCAGAAAAGAAUUUCCUCUGGAAUUCCGUUAGAAGAUGCAUGGAAUAUGACAUCGAUACAGUUGGUAGCGGCUGCAGAGGCCCAUUGUCGAGUAAUAAUCCUGUCCACAUUUUACGAGGAAAUAAAUAAAGUGGCACCGACUCUUUCACCAGAGUUGAGGGUAGUUAUGCAGCAGUUGGUCGAAUUGUAUGCUGCUUAUUGGGCUUUGGAGAAAAUUGGAGAUUUACUACAGAGUGUAUCAAUAGGUGAUACAGAUAUUAAAAAGCUAGCAGAGUGGUAUGAAGAGAUACUGCUAAAGUUGCGACCGAACGCAGUUGGCCUUGUUGACGCUUUCGAUAUUAGAGAUGAUAUGCUACAAUCAACUCUAGGUGCUUACGACGGAAGAGUUUACGAACGCCUCAUGGAGGAAGCUUUAAAAUCACCUCUGAACGCUCAGCCUGUGAACAGUACCUUCCAAAAAUACUUAAAACCCUUCAUGCAAGGGAAGUUAUGAUGUAAUUAAGAAAAAAGAAAAUCUGUAAAAACUAGAAGUAUAAGUUGUGACAAUAAAGAAUUGAUUCAAAUGGAUGGUCGGGAAAUAAAAGUUAUUUUUUCUUAUUUUAUUGUACAGAAAAGUACUUAAUAAUUUUAUAGAAUUGCGUCCCAUUAUAAAUUUUAACUUAUAGGUAGUUAUAUCCAAAAAUCUAAAACCAAAAAUGAUAUAAAUGUUUUUUUAAAAUGUUUUUCUUUAAAGUGACUGAUAUUUCUCUGAAGUCUUUAUUUAAUACACUAUUAUAUAUUUGUAUUUUUAUGUAAUGCUAAAUAACUAUUUAGCAUAUUAUCAUACUAUAUGUUAAAUUUUAACUUUUUUUUAAAUAUAUAUUUUUAAUGGUGCUUAAAUGUAUAAAUGUGACCUAAGUGUAAAUCUAAACUACAGUUAAGUAUAUUUUUUAUACAAUUAAAUAUGGUGGAAUAUGAA